GGCAACGGUAAAACAGUUUCUGGGUAGGAGCAUGUUUUUGAAUUUUUUGAUAAAAUACCCCAUGCAGAAUGUAGCAUUGUCAAAAUGUUAACGUAAAAUUGACUUAUUGUUCGCGAAAUAUGUUGGAAAUCGUAUGUAAAAUAUCAUUUUUCUUGUCUAUGCUUGUAGCUUAUGCAUACGUUACAUCGACGAGUAAAGUAAUUCUAAUCGUAUUCGUGUACAGCUUGUGUGUUUUCAGUUACUAUUAUUUUAACGUAAUUCAAAGUGCUAUAGACGAAUUUUUCAAGUAUUUCAAUUUUAACGAAAAGUUCAACGCGAAUAUUAAUUCGUCACAAGUUUCUAUACCUUACGUUAACCCUGUGGAGUCAGCUUCUUAUCAUAAUAUCAAGUAUCCAUCUUUAAGACAAAUGUCGAACUAUAGAUUUGAUAAAUCAACGCUUCGGCAUUUAUCAAAGGUGCCGAGGAUGAAUUCAGCGCCAGCUGUAAGGAUAGCUCCACCAGAACCUAUAAGCUUUAACUGUGUGAAUGAUCAGUACAUCAGUAAUAAUGACAGAUAUACUAGUGAAGACAUUAAUAAAAAUGACAAAUAUUUGCAAGUUCUGAGAGAAAUUUCUCGGAAACGAAACUAUCAGGAAGAAACUGAUCGGAUUGAUAGUACUCCUAAGAAAUCGCGUAGAAACAUGACAUCGCACUCUAAACGGUCGCACGAUGAUAGUUCUUAUGAUAAUUUGGACACUAGUCGGAAGAAAAGAUGUAGUGAUUCUGAUAGAAGUGUCGCUAAAAUACUCUCUUACACCUCUAGCUUGAUGCACGUCGUAGCUCCCAAUCUUACGUGGAAUAAUAUUUCGAAGAAAAGAAAAUCAUCGAAAAUCGAAAAGUCUAAAAAUGAAUCUCCCGAAAAGGUUGAAAAAGUAAGAAAGAUCAAUCACGAUGAAAUCACCGAAGAUGUUGAAAACUAUCGUGACGAACAAAUAGCAAAUAAUUGUACUUAUGUUAAACAACAAGUCGUUCCUGUUGAAGUUCACGAAAAUUUCGAAUCUCCGAUCACGAACGGCGACGAAUGCGAUAGUCGUUCUUUGUACGAACCUCCUAUACCUGACGAUGAUGACGGCGAAUAUGUCAAAGUUGCCAGUGGGAAAAUAUUGAAUCGAACUAAUUGCAUGUAUAGGAAGAAAUUAAACAGCAAUAGAAUAGAUCCUCAAUCUGUUAUUACACUCGAACCGGAAUUAGUUAAUGGUAAUUUCAACGACGACGAUGAAACGAUGAAGCAAAAUUUGGUUAGGAAUUUAAUCGACGAUAUCGAACGGAAAGGUGAAAAAGACGAAAGUGUAAUAUUUUACGAGAAAAGUAUAGUCGAAGAAAUCGCAAACAAUCAAAACAAAAUCGAACCAGCUAAACCCCAAGUAAUACCGAGUAAUCCAACAUCGUUCAAUCCGCUGUUACCGCAACCUACUCCCGUCGCCGAUUCCGAAAAGAAAUUGACUUUUGGUGGUAGUCUUACACCGGGACCUUCAACGCAGUCUUCUUUAAUGCCCAAACAGCUCGAACUUCCUGCCGGUAUCACUUUCGGAAACACUGCUCUAAACACUCCACCUAAACCGGACAGCAAUCCGAAGCCUGAUUCUUCAGCAGUAUUCAACUCCAGCGUAUUGAACCAGUCUGCAUUUAACGUUAAUCCAGUCGGUUCGUCGACGUUCAAUUCGAGUCCGAAUUCUAAUUCGUUGGUAUUCGGAAGUAGCAACGUUCAAGGUGGCGUAGAUACGGUCGAUUCUACCCCUAAAUCGGAUCCUUCUAAGCCAGAGGAGAAAAAAGAAGCUGCGGUGACGACUCAAGCUAGCAUCGCCACCAACCCGAUAUCAUUCACGUCUCAAGCGAGCAGCAACUCUAACCCAAUCUCGUUCACGUCUCAAACGAGCAGUAACCCUAAUCCAAUCUCGUUCACGUCUCAAACGAGCAGUAACACGAACCCAAUCUCGUUCACGUCACCAGCUGUUACAUCGGUGGAAACGUCAACAGUAGCGAGUAGUCCGAAAGGUGGAUUUUUGUUCCCUUGUGUGACGAGCACUGCUCCUAGUAACAUGAUGGCGAAUUCGACCUCGAUUGUGAACUCUGCGUCGUUCAAUGUUUCUCUACCGUCCUCGCAGCAGAAUGCUUCGACCAAUUCUGUAAAUACCACUUCUUCGGUAACUCCUGUCAUGAGUUUUGGAACUGCUGCGAGUUCACCGUUCAGUUUAGGAGCGAAUAACAAUAUAGCUACUAAAACUCAAAGCACCUCUAGCGCUACACCGCAGUUUAUUGGAUUCGGUGCGAGUAAUAAUGCCGUUCAACCUGCUGAAAAUGUGCAGAAAAAUCCUCUAGCUGGUAUAACCAUGUUCGGAAACACCCCAAUCGCAACUACGCCAAAGUCUACGAGUACUUCUAACGCCGCUUUUACGUCUGCUAAUUCUGUGCCGUCGUUUACUAACACCACCCCGAGCAGCGGCGGAUUCCAAUUUGGGCAGUGUUCUACUCCUAGCUCCGGUGCCAGUACCGGAUUCUCUUUCGGAGCAUCGACGAACACGGCAGCUGCGACUACGGCUCCGCCUGCUUUUGGCGCUACAACGCCUGCCUUCGGUACUGCUACGACCGCCUCGUUCAAUACAUCUUCGACCCUGUCGUUCGCUUCAUCUACACCGCCAGCGUUCGGUGCCGGAACUGGUUUGAAAUUCGACGCUAAGCCCGCUCAAUCUACGCCCUCGUUUUCGAAUUCUAUUUUCAACGCUACUACAACGGCUAGCUCAUUCGCAGCUCCAUCGGUUCCUUCGUUUGGUAACUCGCAAGCUACAACAUUUGGCGGAGGAUUUGGUACCUCGAAUACUCCAUCUCAAGGAAAUUCGACCUUUGGCAAUACCGCUACUCCUUCUCAAGGAAAUCCAACCUUUGGAAAUACAGCGACUCCUUCUCAAGGAACUUCAACCUUCGGGAAUACCGCAAAUUCUCAACCUACCGCUUUUGGCGCUAGCUCAAUGCCAACUCUAUCCUUCGGAAACACAUCGAACCAAUCUCAGACCAAUUCUUCGUUCGGAAACGCUACCACUCAGUCCAAUUCCACUUUCGGUACCAGCCAACCGCCGGCAUUUGGAAACGCUCAAAAUACCACCUUCGGUUCCGGCGACCAGUCCUCCAUAUUCUCUCAAAACAAACCAGCUUUCGGAUCAACCACGUCGUCGCAAUUCGGUUCCGGUACAGGAUUCACGUUCGGUGCAAGUUCCGCUAAUACGCAACCGCCGCCGACCGCGUUCGGAACCACGCCAGCUUCUUCGACUCCGUUCGGAAACGCCGGAGCAGCGCAACCGUCCACCUUCAACGCUACACCUUCGUUCAAUUUCAGCACCGGAAAUUCAUCAUCGUUCAGCAGCGGUAACGUUUUCGGAGCAGCUGCCCCGAAACCGGCCGAAAACGCUUUCGCAUUCGGCAGCAGUAACGUCGCCAGUGCCCCUGCGGCUUUCACAUUUGGAACUGCGCCUCAAGCAGCUCCGCAAAGUCAACCUUUCACGUUCGCCGGUGCUGGUUCAGGUACAGCUUCCGCCGGAGGUUUUAGUAUUGGAGCUGGAGGAAGUUCGCGACCCCGCACCUCUCGUAAUCGAAGAAAAACAUGAUUUUAGUGAGCUUAGUAAAUUUUAAAUUUCUGAGAAAUCAAACUCCGCUAAGAAGCUUUGAGAAUUUACCAUAUCAAAAAAACAGACGUCCGUUAAAAACGUCCUUUGGUGCUGAUGAAAAAAAAAAUGUCACUUCCUGUGUUUUGAGUAUCAUGUGCGAUUGUUUACUUGUGUGAAUUUUUAUUCUAAGAUGCCGAAUUUUUUUAAAAGAAAAAUCAUUCAUCUUCAUAGAAGCAAAUCUUUGAUUUUAUUAUUUUUACUUUUAGUAGCAAAUUUUUUCCAACAUCAGCUCGGCUCUCUGUUCUAUUUUUACUUGAUGUUGUAUAUUUUUCGAUUGUGAACAAUGUACCGUGUGUGUAUGUAUCGUACUUGUGUAUAUUUUGUCGAACCUGCAAAAUUGUAUCAUUUGGAUCUCAUUUUAGUGAAAUUUUUUCUCAUUUUGAGUUUUUUAUAAAAAUUUAUUUCAACGCGAUUACGGUUCGGUCUUUUUGUCUUAUGCGACUGUACGUGUUUAAAAACUCAAAUAUAACCAAAAUUUUAUACUUUUUACUUGUUAUAUUAAAUUUCGUUUUUAAUUCGAAACUUUGUUUUAGUAAGAUGUUACGUCUACGUUAUUUAUUUUAUUCGAAAUAACGUGGACGUUGAAACGUGUUUUUUUUUGUAUGUACCUUGUAGUAUGGUAUCUGCUUGACAGAUUAUUAUUUCCUUGUAUUUUCUGUAAUGUUGUAUUCAAACUUUUCUUUUCUAUACUUAUUAUUAGUCUCUAUAUUUCAUUGUUCAUGUUAUGUAAUAUUUCUAAAUAUACGAGUAGAAGGGAGGUACGUAGUACAUCCUGUGUAAACCUCGUCUUCUACUAAAACUUGAA